AUCAAAAUUGAAGAUAUUGUGUUUAAAAAUGUGUCUAUAUUAAUUAUAGUUUUUUUAAAGAUCUUAAUAAUUUAAAUAUAUUGAUAUAACCAGGGAUAUUUAUUUCGUGAAAGUGAGCUCUACUGGCGCAGUUGCAGGCGUUCUAGCAAUUUCCGUGGGUACUUCUGUAAACGCUCUUUGGUCACCUUUUACAUUCAUUUGGGUAGCCGUCAGCCACAAGUGAUGUGCGAAUAAAUCUCGUGGCCUUGGGAUUGAUAGCAAACG